GUGGCCCACGCGAGAGAAAAUACUAAUAGGCUGCGCCUUGGGCGCCGCCGUGCUGUUGGACGUGGACGACGACUGAUUUUUGCGGAUUGUUAGGGUACCUAUUUGAUUUUUAUUAUCAAUCACUCUGCUGCUUCAAGAGGAUCAGAAUUCGGAUUCAGUAUGAAGUUUCGUGGCAAAAUAUGUGAGCAAGCCUGCAUAAAGCAGUUUACAUCUAUAAUAAGCACUCUGGCAAAGCUGGCAAAGAUGUGCACCCUGAGGAUAACCUCCUCUCAUCUCUACUUUGUGGUCAUGGAAGCAACCCUCAGCUCUACUCCAGGAUUGUGGUGCGAGCUUCAGCAAGGGCAUUUCUUCAACGAGUUCAACAUGGAAGGAGUCUCUCCUGAACACAAUGAAAUAUAUCUGGAACUGAAACCAGAUAACUUGGCCAGAACUCUGAGCAUUCUCAAAUCAAGUGCGGCCGUCCGAUCGCUAAAAAUCAAGCUCACCAAGAAACACUCUGCUUGUCUUACGUUCGAAAUCGAGUCGCCGUCGCAGACGUCUCUGAGCCGUCUCUGUACCCACGACAUCCCUGUGACGGUGCUACCGCGCCGUCUGUGGGCCGGUCUUGCCGAGCCGCGCCUGCCUCAGUUCAGCGUCAGUCUCGACCUGCCGGCGCUGCGCCUGCUGCGGCCCGUGGUGGAGCGGAUGCGAGCCAUCGGACCGCGACUGACCGUCUCUGCCAGCCGCUCCGGCCGCUUCGUACUGCGGGUCGAGUCGGAUCAGGCGGUGGUGGCCACUCACUUUGGCCAGCUGAGGACGCACCCGGCCGGUGACGAGCCGACCGACGACGACGAUGUCGACUCGGAGCACAUGUUUGACGUCCAGGUGGAGAUCAAGCCGUUCUCCAUGUUCCUGGCUGGCGACCAGUUCCACCCGGCGCGCGCCGUCUGCAAUCUGGUUGAGGACCGAAUGCUGCAUCUGUUUCUCAUUCACGACGACAUCACGCUACAGUACUUCAUCCCCGCUUGUAGUUCGUGAAUCGUCCGCUGGUGGCGCCACAGUCGCGCCCUUUCGUCGCUCCUUUACUCGACACUCGACAGGGAUCUAAACUCGGAAUCAUAAUGGUUGUGGCAAGCUGUAGUCAAUAGACAUCCAACGACAGCGUAUGGUCGAAUAUAUCUCAGACGUCUCCUUGUUCAGCCGCUAUUCCAGCACUGGCCGGUGACGAUUGUGUCUUGGAUGCUGACGUUUAAGUCCUGCAUUCACGCAAUAUGCGAACUGCAGUCUGUUUCGGGCUGGUGUGGGGAACAGAGCGGUCUUCAGGCUAUUACAUUCAUCCGUAGGGCGAUAAGUGGAUAUGAAUCAAGGCCGGUUCGCCAGAAGAAUCGUGAACAAGGGACCUGACGGUAUGUGAGGGACUCAGUUGUGUUGCACUGCAGACUUGUAGGCUGUGAUAUGAUGCUAAGACAUCCUGCCUUGUUGUUGCCUAUGUGUAUUUUCUGGCAUAUCCUAUGAUAUGCCGUUUUUUUACAUUGAUAGUGCUCUGUUAUGUUACCGUCUAUCGUUGUUCUUUGCCUUUUUUUUGUCUUCUCUUAUUUAUGAUGCAACAAUUAGUAAGGUUACAUGAUAGCAGAUGGUACUGCGCAUCGGCAUGUUUUCUGCAUUGAUUUACCACUCACGCUUUUCGGUGUUGGAUGCUAAGACAACACUUCGCCGGCGUUCAGGUUGUCGUGGAUUUAGCCUUUCGAUCUCCUGAUCUGCCUUUCAAAGCCGUUUGUGGAGGAGAUGUGUGUAUUGACAGUCAUGAUAAAUCACGAUGUUAACAA